CAGCAGAUGCAAUUUGGUGCAAGGAAGUUUUUGUUGUUCUUCUUUCUUUUUUCCUUGUCUAAGAUAUAAACACUGCAAUGGCGAGCAUGCCAUCUUCGUCGUCUCCACCAUCUCUUUCCUCCGCCUCCAAUUCGGAAAACUCUCCCUCUAAACCCACUCCUUACGCUCCUAUCUCAGCUGAACUCCAGGUUAAGGCAGAAGAAAACAACGCAGACGCAAAAACAUCCCAGUUACCCAGCAAUUUCCAUGAUGUUUAUGUUGCAAACCACAAUGAGAAGUUCAAGCAAUAUGAAGCGGACUACACUUGCCGAUUAAUGGCAAAAUACUUUACUAAGAAGGACCUUUAUGGAGGCAACAUAUUUGAUGAAAAUGUUACAAUAGAUGACGAGCUUAUAAAAUCAAGCAGGGCGCCUUGUAUUCGCUCAUAUGCAGACCCAGUUAAGGCUUUUGAAGAAGACCAGAGCAGCAGUGAUUCACAGACUACCGCUGAGACACCAUCUAAUAUAUCAAAUGGGAAGCAUCAAAUGAAGAAGAUCGGUUAAGUACGACUCUUCUCCAAUUUUCUAUUCCAUUCAUGUAAAAAAUAUUACCAGCAACUUCUGAGAGGAGAUUACUAGUUAUAGGAAUGGACCUGACCUUGCAAUGCUUCACUCACUUGCAAGGAUUUACAGCUGCCUACAACUAUUAAUGGCUUUAAAUUACCUGCUACUUUAGACUGCAUACAUGAAAGAUAAAUUUGAAAUACACUCGACGUUUCUAGGACUCA